CCCCUCUUUCCCUUCUUUCUUGCUUUUUUGAUUCUCUUUUAUUGUGUUUCCGCUGAGUUUGGCCGCGAAUUCUUGUGAGAAGUGAUCGAUCUGCGGUUUUUGACCCUGGGUUGAGGAUCUCUGCCCAAAUUCCCUCUUGCUAUUGAAUCAUCUCUUUUGUGUGUUUAAUUUUGGGAGUAAUAAAUAAAAGUGGAGUGUUUGACUGUUUUAAUUGAUAUGGCGUCUAGAAGACAAGUUCGCUAUAGCCCGCUCUCUCAGGAUGAUGAUAAUGGUAGGGAAGAUGACCUCCGUUUUUCUUACAACCCCAAGGCUUUGGAUCGAAUCCCAUGGAAGUCAAUAGCUCUUGCACUUUUUCUUCUGUCAUUGGGUUGUCUUCUGCUCUUUCUUUCGGUCUUCAUCUUCACAGGCCAUAUGGGAGGUGAUCAAUCACAGGCCUAUGGUCUGUUGAUGCUUGGCAUACUUUCAUUUCUUCCUGGCUUUUACGAGACACGUGUUGCAUAUUACUCAUGGAGGGGUGCACCUGGUUAUCGAUUUUCCUCCAUACCCGGUUACUGAUCCGGAGCGAGUCUUGGUCAAGCUUUCAUUUCAAGUCGUAAUGUUUUGUACGAAGCGGUCUUAGCAAAGUGGUUUAUGACAUGUAGUUUAGUUUAGUAGAUUGUAUGUAAUUUCUACUUUGUUGCUUGAAAUCAGAUAAUCUACGGAUGAUUUUGGUGAUGUCUUUGGGUGUUAUUCUUUGGAAGCAAUGCAGGAGCAUUCAUAAUUUAUAGUUUCUUGGUGAAUGACUGAAUGUAAUAUCAAAUGAAAAUGGGAGAUUUGAUUAUUUUCUCUCUAUAUAAAGUUUUGCAAGUA